CGGUUGUUAUCACGAAUACGCCCGUGCGACUCGAUCGCAAAAUUUGUUUACAAAUUUGAUUACAAAAUUUGUUUUUGUGGUAUUUUUCCUACGUUUGCGCGACCGUCUCUUGUGCAGGUUUCGGUCGGUACUCGACACCGGCAGCUAAGUCGCCUUUUGGACUCUUGAGGUUAGUCGACGAUCGACGGACACGCGUUUGAAUGAUGCACACCGUUGUCGGUUUUCCAACGUGCUGAAAACAAUAAUGGUGUUCACCUUCAAGAUUACCUGAUCUCGUUUCGGUUAGGUUAACUAGUGUCACCGUUCUCGACUGAGUUUUUACAAACGAACCACCAUCAUGUCUUUCAGCUUCUUGGCAUUUACUUAUAUUGUGGCCAUGAUAUCGGACGCUUUCUUGAUAUUUUUUUCAAUAUUUCAUGUCAUUGCAUUUGAUGAAUUAAAAACUGACGGCAAAAAUCCCAUUGAUCAAUGUAACAGUCUAAAUCCUUUAGUGAUUCCAGAGUAUCUACUACACUUCUUCUUCAAUGUUUUAUUUUUGUUUGGGGGCCAAUGGAUUUCUCUUGCUAUCAAUGUACCUUUGAUGGCCUAUCAUAUCACAAAGUAUCGAAAUAGAUCCGUACAUGGAUUUGGCUUGUAUGAUCCAACAAGUAUUAUGAAUGCUGACAAAUUGAAUAAAUAUCAACGUGAAGGUUGGAUAAAGCUGGCAUUUUAUUUGUUUUCAUUUUUCUACUAUUUAUAUGGAAUGAUACGAUCAUUGAUAACGGUUUAAAGCAGUGAUGUUUGAACAAAUAAAUGAACAAAAGUAUCUUUCAU